AUGGUCCUAUUCCACGUUCUAAUGAUACGUUCGUGUUUUCAUCGCCAUCAAAAAGCUGUACUGGUUAACGCGGUCGUUAUCAUUUUCCUGAUCGCUUACACUCUGAUUGGCGGCUACAUUUUCCUCCAUUUCGAGCACAAUUACGCUCAAUUCGUCAAACGCAACGACACGCUCACGAAAAAAGCAUGCAUCGAGAAGCUGUUAUCGGGAGACCACCCUCUGCGAGUUUCCCGCGAAGCAGAUUUUGCUCGAAUUAUCGCCGAGCAGUGUCUCACUGAUGCUCAGGCAGAUCCUCGCCUAGAAUGGUCCUUCAAGUCAGCCUCGCUCUACGGCUUUGGCAUCCUCACUACACUGGGGUACGGAAAAGUCGAGCCACGAACUCCGAAUGGACGAUUAUUCACCGUGAUUUACGGCUUCAUCGGUAUCCCAGCCACUGUGAUCUUGCUGACGAAUCUCGGACGCUAUUUGGAGCAGUUGACGCAAAAAUUCAAGCGGCUCCUCACUAACAAUAAGAGAGAAGAUCGAGACGAUAUUUUACAGGAGGAGAACGACGACGAUGACACCAUCAAUGGCACCACUUUAUUCUUUAUUAUGAUUAUAUAUCUGAUCUUAGGAGCGCUGUUUAUACCAAUGCUGCGAGGAGAAUUCGACUUUCUUAAUGGUAUUUAUUUUGCAUUUAUCUGCCUGACUGCUAUCGAAUACGGAGAUCUCGUUCCUGACAAUAACUGGUACAUUCCUAUUAUAAUUAUCUAUGUCUGCUUAGGCUUGGCUAUUUCCACCAUUGCAUUAGAUAUCGGCUCUUAUUAUGUUCGAAAGCUACACUACAUUGGUCGCAAACUCAGGAACAUUGCUAAUAUUCGCAUUUGGUUUGGAGCAAGGAACUUACAAGUGAAGGAGUUAAUCACAGCUGUAGGUCAGAACAUUGGGAUCAGCGAGCACGUCAUGGCUGACAUCGAUCUGGAGAACCUUAUUAGAGCUGCCAUAGAUGUGAAAAUGGGCAGAUUAUCAAGAGUUCCGCAAACUCAUAUGAUUGUCGAAGGAAUAUGGCCUCCUGAGCUUGUGCCUUUAUUUAUGAAGGACGGCCAAUUCCCGAUGUUUGUUGACUCAGAAGAUGAACUGCUAGAUAUGGAGCCAAGGAAGACUGUAGUACGCUUCCAGGACGAUGUGAUCUCGGACAUAGACGAUACGAUGAGUGGGGAACCUCCAACAACGAACACCUCCCGGUUGUCGCCUAUACUGUCCUCAAAUAGAAGCAAGCCGGAUGAAGUAUUAUUGAGCAUCAGUGACAGAGCAGUUUCUCCAACGAUGUCAGAUGCAUCACCUAGCCUUCAGGACACAACCAUAGAAACUUUUGUUCUUUCAUCAGAGUAG